AUGGGUUGUAUGAGCACCAAGUUGGUGCCAGAAACCCCCGCCAACACACACCUGGUGGAGCCCGUCUACAGACAAGACGCGAAGACCAGGAACUACCGACAUGACGCAGACCUCACAACACAAACCAAUCUCAAAUUCAAGGACCCCGCUUUUCGGCAAGUCGAUACCGAUAAUUCGGAACAGGGUCCGAGGACGAACAAGAAAGUGAAAAAGUACCGUGAUAAGUUCGACCCGCGCGUGACGGCAAAGUACGACAUCAAAGCUCUCAUCGGCCGAGGUAGUUUCAGUCGAGUGGUCAGGGUGGAACAUCGUAUCACCAAGCAGCCGUAUGCUAUCAAGAUGAUUGAUAGAAUCCAAGGAAAAGAAGUCUACGAAGCGGAACUGAACGUGUUACGCCGGGUUAAGCAUGUGUAUAUAAUUCAACUAGUGGAAGUGUUCGAGGCACCAGAGAAGGUCUAUAUGGUCAUGGAGCUAGCAACAGGGGGUGAACUUUUCGAUCGCAUCAUUGCUAAAGGUAGCUUUACAGAACGUGACGCUACAAAAGUACUUACUAUGGUUUUAGACGGGGUGAAGUACUUACAUGGGUUAGGUAUCACCCACCGGGAUCUCAAACCAGAAAAUCUACUCUACUAUCACCCAGGUCAUGACUCCAAAAUCAUGAUCACGGAUUUCGGGUUGAGCGCCAUGCUCAAGGGCCCAGACAAUCUUAUGAGGACCACUUGUGGUACUCCAGAGUAUAUUGCUCCGGAGAUAUUAGCACGAAAGCCAUACACUAGCCAGGUGGACCUAUGGGCAAUAGGUGUGAUAACAUACAUUCUUUUAAGUGGGACUAUGCCAUUCGAUGAUGACAAUAGGACGAGAUUGUACAGAAUGAUCAUCAAGGCAAAAUACAGCUAUACUGGCGAGCACUGGAAGGAUGUUUCAGCGCUGGCCAAGGAUUUCAUUGAUAAGACUCUAGUGCUUGAUCCCAACGAGCGGCUGACGGCUGCCCAGGCCAGCAAACAUCCAUGGUUGCUUCAGAGUGCAGCCGCAGCAUCCAGCAAAAACUUGCAUCGAACAAUCUCCCAGAAUAUACUUAGGCGGCAGUCUCAGCGAGCUAACAGUACCAAAUCCACAAAAUCCACCAAAUCCACGAAGAGCAACAAGUCCAACAAAUCAGGUCACUCGUUGAGGUCAGACCGUAGACGGGUGCAGCCUGAAGAAAUUGAUGAAUUACACAAAGACCCAGAAGUACAAGCUGAACUGGCAUCACUCGGUAGUCAUCAAAGCAACUUUGCCUAG